AUGGGGACCUUUAAAUUUUGCGCGGAUCGCGUUCCUCUCUUCUUCUUUUUCUUUUCUCUUUAUGACCCUCUUCAUUCAAGAAACCAUGAUGAGAACCGCGUGUUUAAUAUGAUGCAGUGCCUCCUCCCCGGACCUCGAAACCCUCUGCCUCUCGGGGCAGCUUAAGCGGUUUCGUGGCGAGGUGAGGUUGGUACCAUGAAAUGGGCGUUCGACACAGACCUUGUUACAAGCAUCGGACGCGAUGGAAAAAAGCUCUGACUUUUUAUGAAUGAAAGAGAGGAUUCUUGUUUUGGUUCGCGCAACUCGGCUUGCAGAAAUUGAACUGUUUUGACAGGUAGGUUUUUGUUUUUUUGCGAUUGAGGGAACGGGGGAGCAAGCAAGCUUCAAGUGAGGUUUCGCGUAUAUAUAUGUACUACGAAUUGAAUUGAAGUGAAUUUUGUAUCUUAUUGUAAUGACAAACCUUGUGCCUCGCG